GCGCACGGAUAAAAAGAAGAAAAAUGCGAGGGAAUUAUUUAUAGGGUGCGCGUGUUCGCCUAUAGAUAGGGGGGGCGGGGGUGUGGAAGAUGCUGCCUUUCUAUCUCCAUCUCAUGGCGGAUAUUGCCAGAGCUGAGCUCACGCCAUCUCCUCCUCCACCAACGGAUCACAUUCUGGCUUUCUCUCGGGAACCGUGACACCCUUUGACCUCUUGCACCGUUUCCUCUGGUCAAAAUCUCUCCUCUCUCUGAAUUACUUGGGGUUGGGUUGGGUUGGGUUGGGUUGAGUGGUGGAGCUUGCAGGGUCUCGGGAAUGGCUGUUGCUAUGGCCUCUGCCAACCUCGCCACGACCCUCUCCGGUCUUAGUAAAGCAUUUGAAACUGCCAGAUCGAGUGUGGCUCCGGUCGCUGGGUUUUCCUCUUCUGGGUUGAGGGCUGCGCGUUCUUGCCCUCUUCACGGCCAAAGAUUGUCGUCUUCAAGAACAGUCAUUAGACAAGCAUCAGCUGCUACUACUCUGGAGGAUGGAAGCCAGAGUGAAACUGACAUUGUUCCAACCCCUAAAGUUAUCAUAGAUCAGGACUCCGAUCCAGAUGCCACUGUUCUGGAGAUCACAUUUGGGGAUCGCCUCGGAGCUCUCCUUGAUACGAUGAAUGCAUUAAAGAACCUUGGCCUGAAUGUUGUCAAGGCAAAUGUAUAUUUGGAUUCUUCAGGGAAGCACAACAAGUUUGCCAUAACCAAAGCUGAUACUGGAAGAAAGGUUGAGGAGCCGGAGUUGCUAGAGGCUAUUCGAUUAACGGUUAUUAAUAAUCUCAUAGAGUAUCACCCGGAAUCAAGUACACAAUUAGCAAUGGGAGUCGCAUUCGGAGCUGUACCACCAACACAGCAGGUUGAUGUAGACAUAGCCACGCACAUAAAUGUUGUCGAUGAUGGUCCUGAUCGAAGUUUGCUGUUGGUGGAGACGGCUGAUCGUCCUGGCUUACUGGUGGAUCUUGUGAAGAUCAUAACUGAAAUCAAUAUUGCUGUGGAAUCAGGAGAGUUUGAUACUGAGGGGUUGCUGGCUAAGGCAAAAUUUCAUGUCAGCUACAAGGGCAAAGCCAUCAUCAAGCCUCUCCAGCAGGUCCUUGCGAAUAGUCUGCGGUACUUCUUGAGACGUCCAACAACCGAGGAGUCGAGUUUUUGAGCCAUUGUACCAUGUAGUACGAAUGGGAGUGUAAAGCAUCGAUCAGUCUGUUCGACAUUGAAUAUGGGUCCAUUAUAGUUACAUUUUUUAGUCUGCUCACUCACUAGAAUGAUAUGUACGCAAUGCGUAAAACUGAAAAAGUAGAGGAAUAAGCUUCUACUAAACUGCUACAGCAGUGAACCGUAACUUUAUGUAUCGAACUGUUUCCGAAUGAAUGCUGUAGUAUACAAUGUCCAUACCCUUGGUUUUUAGCUGUCA